AUGGCAGAUACUCAAGACAAGGCUCAGCACUCGACUGAGGCGGCUGUUCCUUCACCUGAUGUCGAGGAGAACAUGAGCAUUGGUCGGUACUUUGCUACUCGUAUCUCGACCUUAAAGCCGCCCAUGAAUAAGGCCCCAAACCCGAUUCGAGCUCUCAUGCUCCUCAACUGUCAGCAAUGGUUAUUUUUCUUGGUCGCGUUUUUGGGCUGGACCUGGGACGCUUUCGACUUUUUUACCGUUUCUUUGACAACCACCGAGCUUGCGGAGUCCUUUGACAAAUCGGUCACCGAUAUCACAUGGGGAAUUACUUUGGUGCUGAUGCUUCGAUCGGUUGGUGCAAUCACCUUUGGUAUCGCCGCCGAUCGAUGGGGCCGUAAGUGGCCAUUUGUGGUAAACCAGCUUUUGUUUGUUGUCCUUGAGUUGGGCACCGGGUUUUGUCAGACCUAUAAGCAAUUCUUGGCCUGUCGCUCUCUCUUUGGAAUUGCUAUGGGCGGUCUCUAUGGAAACGCUGCCGCGACUGCCCUGGAGGACUGUCCUCCUGAGGCACGUGGUAUUAUCUCUGGCUUGCUUCAGCAGGGUUAUGCUUUUGGGUAUCUUUUGGCAACCGCUUUUGCCCGUGGUUUGGUUGGCACCACCUCGCACGGAUGGCGUCCUCUGUAUUGGUUUGGUGCAUGCCCUCCCAUCCUUAUCAUUGCUUUCCGCCUAUGCCUGCCUGAGACAGAAACUUUCCGUCGUCGCCAGGAGACACGUGAGUCGGUUCGCGGUGGUGUAGCCAAGUCCUUCAUCUCCGAAGGCAAGGUGGCCCUUGGGCGCCACUGGCUACUGUUGUUAUACCUUGUCUUAUUGAUGGCUGGGUUCAACUUUAUGUCGCAUGGUUCUCAGGAUCUUUACCCAACGAUGCUGAAGAGUCAGUACAACUUCUCAGCUAAUGCGGUCACCGUCACUCAGGUUGUUGCGAACUUGGGUGCCUUGUCAGGAGGUACAAUCUGUGGAUGGGCGAGUCAGAUAUUCGGCCGUCGAUUCUCCAUUAUCGUCAUCAGUAUCGUAGGUGGUGCGCUGCUGUACCCUUAUACCUUCGUCACGACUAAGUCUAUUAUGGCCGCUGCGUUCUUUGAGCAGUUCAUGGUACAGGGGGCCUGGGGUGUGAUCCCGAUUCACCUGAUGGAGUUGUCCCCAGGACCCAUCCGGACCUUUGCAGUGGGUACGGCCUAUCAGCUUGGUAACUUGGUUUCAUCCGCCAGUUCGACUAUUGAGUCAACCAUUGGCGAGCGAUUCCCGCUUCCACCGUCCUCUACUGGUGCCAAACGUUAUGAGUACGGCAAGGUCAUCUGCAUUUUCAUGGGUUGUGUCUUUGCCUAUGUCAUUCUUAUCACCUUGGCUGGCCCAGAGCGUCUGGGGCGUCAUUUUGAUGCUGAACACGAUGCCGAUUUGGCGGCUGUUGCGGCCCAGCGUGGUAUGGAUGAUGACCCAGAGAAGGCGACGGCGUCUCGGAAGGAGUGA